AAUGGAUGUCGGGCAAAAUAAGGAUAUUUCUCAAAUUGUUAAAGAGUGUGUAGCAUGCCAAGCCAUAGAAAACGAGGGAGGUGACGAGAGAAUUCAAUUUUUCUGUUUUCCUCAAGGUCAAGAUGCCAAUACAAUAGAGCAAUUGACAGAGUGGCUUAAGAUAUGCCCUAUAGGCUUUAAGCCUAAUCAAGAAAGCUAUUUGUGUAGUAGACACUUUGGAAAUACUUGUUACGAAGAUACCGAAAAUCAAACUCUCAAAGAUGGUGCAAUUCCUGACUUGAAAGUUAAUAUAAGAAAAGAGCCAAUUUCAGUUGAAGGAAAUAUUGAAAAAGAUGAUAAAGUUGUUGUUAAGUUUAAAAAUGUGAACGAAAACCAUAUUCAUCAAGAAACUGGGGAUUGUACACCAGAGGCAGAAAUCACAGUGGAAACUGUUUUGAAUAGUCGAGAAGCAGUUGUUCCUACUCAAGAGAAAACAAAAAGAACAGGGGCAAAAUGUGCAGUAAAGAGUUGUAAGAACCGACGUACUCAAAACGUAUCAGAUAACUUUGGAAAUGUUUUGCGCUGGUUUAGUUUUCCAUUUGAACAAAAAAGGUUUGAGCAGUGGGCACAAGCAUUGGGAUACUCCAAAUUAACGGUUUCUUUGAGAAAAUUACAAGUAUGCAGCGAUCACUUUGGACGCGACGAUUUUCAAAAUCCUAGUCAUUUUCAGACAAGUGCCUUAAAAAAAACGGCUGUACCAAAAACAUCAAAUGUUUUACAAAUCCAAAGUGAAAGUAUUAUAGAAGAAAAUAAUGAAGAUGAGAACAGUUACUUGCCUACAAAAAGAAUAAAACUUGAUGUCUCAAACGAAACUCCUAACGAAUCUUCGAAUCUAAAGGCAUUAUCAAAUACCUCUAUUGCUCCCAAUAUAGCUCAAACUUCCAGUAUCAGAGAGAAAGAGAAACAAAAAAUAGUGGAGUGUAUUUUGCCUGGAAGUAACACAAUCCUUAAGUUACCAGUACCAGAAAGCGUUCAACCGGGUCAUACCUUCUUUGUGGGAAGGGAUGAUAGUGGAAAAGUAGAACAAAUACUUAUUCCUGUGAGUGAUGGCGACGUGCAAAAUAUCUCUGUGGGCCAGAGACCAAUUGCUAUAAAAAGUUCCAAAAUAUCUCAGAGCCAUCUAAAUGAAAAUAUUAUCAAUAAACCUAAAAUAGUCGUUAGUCGAGGUAAUAUGGCUCGAGUUACUUCAGCAAUAGUCUUAGAAAACCGCCCACAACAGAAUGCCACGAUUGCUCCAUCUAAUGGAGCUGUUGUUAAUCCGAUUCAGAUGCAGCAAAUUAAGCCAUCCUCCAAAAAUGAUAACUCUAAAGUACUUGAUUUAAGUAAAGAGGAUGAUAUCAAAUCCUUGUUAAAUAUUAUGAAAACAUCAGCGGAUAAGACUGGAACACCUGUAACUGUAAAUGUCAAGGCAACACCGGAGCAGGAAAAAAUGUUAAGGAGAAUAAUAUCUAGUGGUAGUAUCAGUGGAUCAGUUCGUAACACAGAUCAAUUGAAUUCCACAACGACAACCUCAUCUUUAAACAGUGCCAGUGCAAACUCAAGUGACAUGGAUAAAGUAAAACAGAUAGAUGAUUUAUCGGCUCAAGAAUUAAGGGAAAUGUGUAAAACUCUUAUUGAAAACCAUAGGAAACAAUCUUGUACAUUCUCCAAUAUGAUAUCUAAACAUAAAAUUAGCUCAUUAAACUUUAAACAAAAGUAUUAUGCACUAAAAGAAGAAAUCGAUAAUAAAAAGAGCGAAAGCUUUGAUAAAAUAUAUUCAUCUCAUAAUCUUACCUCUGCUCAGAAGAAAUUUUUCCAGUCUCAAUAUGAAGCAAACUAUAAUGCCAAAGAAGGCAAAAAUAUAUAUUGGGAUGAAGAUACAAUAAAAAUAUUAUUAGAUUUCUAUUUUAAAAGUCCGUCUGGAUAUAAGGCUUUAUGCAGUUUGUUUCGCUUGCCAAGCGUUGAAAUACUAACAUCUCACUUUCAAAGAAUAAUGAGAACGUUAAUUGAUCCACCCCAAAAUGUUCGAUCAAUAGAUGCUCAAACACAGAAAAAUGAAUCAAUAUCAACUACCGAAAAUUUAAAAAUAUACGGAUCGAGUAGUUCCAGAUGGUUAAGAACGCUUGAAAAAUUUAAUUGCCAAAAUAGUGACGAAUUGGUGGAUGGUUUACUCAACUUAUUUGAUAUGUACGAAAGUAGCGGAGGACUUUUCAGCGACCUUAAAAAUAAUUCAACAAAUUGA